UAUUAUUCAGUCCGAGUUGUUACUAAUAAUUUCCUAGCCAGGCUAUGACUGCCGGUGUGAAUCAGCCCGCGCCAGGCCCCUCUCCAUCCGCCGCCCCCGCCGCAGUCAGGGCUUGGCACAGAAGAUGCUAGGUGUUUGCGCCUCAGUGAUCCGUCUUUGCUUCGUGUCUGUGCUGCAGGUGUGGCGGAGGAAGAGGAACAGAAGACAAGCUGGUGGCCGGCGGUCGCUGAGCAUUCCCCAGACCCUCAAGCAAGCUUCUUCUCCAAGGCAGGAAAAGCCCGCGGACCUACCCACUGGAGCGGCCAAAGGGCCUAAGCGCCGUAGCCCGGGACCUGGCGGCCGGGGGCGCCAGCCCUUCAUGUUCCGCAGGAGGCGCAAAUGUGAUGUCAUGCCCAUUGUUUUGGUGAGCCCAACCAAUCGGACGCGCCGCCUGGAUUCUACCGGAGCCGGCAUGGGCCCUUCCUCGCACCAGCAGCAGGAGUCUCCGCUCCCUACCAUAACGCAUUGCGCAGGGUGCACCACCGCCUGGUCUCCCUGCAGCUUUAACAGCCCUGACAUGGAAACCCCAUUGCAGUUCCAGCGCGGCUUCUUCUCGGAGCAGCCGCCACCGCCACCGCGCUCCUCACACCUGCAUUGCCAGCAGCAGCAGCAGAGCCAGGACAAGCCGUGCCCGCCCUUCGCGCCCCUCCCGCACCCUCACCACCCCCCGCACCUCGCGCACCAGCAGCAGGGCAGCGGCGGCAGCAGCCCAUGCCUCCGGUGCAACAGCUGCGCCUCCUCCGGUGCCCCGGGGGCGGGGGCGGGGGAUAACCUGUCCCUGCUGCUCCGCACCUCCUCGCCCGGCGGCGCCUUCCGGACCCGCACCUCCUCGCCGCUGUCAGGCUCGUCGUGCUGCUGCUGCUCGUCGCGCCGGGGCAGCCAGCUCAGUGUGAGCGAGCUGACGCCGUGCAGCCAUGCCAGUGCGCUCCGGCAGCAGUACGCGCAGCAGCCGGCGUCCGCCUCCCAGUACCACCAGUGCCACAGCCUGCAGCCCGCCGCCAGCCCCACGGGCAGCCUCGGCAGCCUGGGCUCUGGGCCCCCGCUCUCGCACCACCACCACCACCACCACCACCCGCACCCGGCGCACCACCAGCACAGCCAGCCCCAGGCGCGCCGCGAGAGCAACCCCUUCACCGAAAUAGCCAUGAGCAGCUGUAGGUACAACGGGGGCGUCAUGCGACCGCUCAGCAACUUGAGCGCGUCCCGCCGGAACCUGCACGAGAUGGACUCCGAGGCACAGCCCCUACAGCCCCCGGCGUCUGUCGGAGGAGGUGGCGGCGCGUCCUCCCCGUCUGCAGCUGCAGCCGCGGCCGCCGCCGCUUCGUCCUCAGCCCCGGAGAUCGUGGUAUCUAAGCCGGAGCACAACAACUCCAAUAACCUGGCGCUCUACGGAGCUGGCGGCGGAGGCAGUGCUGGAGGCGGCGGCGGCGGAGGCAGCGGGCAUGGCAGCAGCGGUGGCACCAAGUCCAGCAAAAAGAAGAACCAGAACAUCGGCUACAAGCUGGGCCACCGGCGCGCCCUGUUCGAGAAGCGCAAGCGGCUCAGCGACUAUGCGCUCAUCUUCGGCAUGUUCGGCAUCGUGGUCAUGGUCAUCGAGACCGAGCUGUCGUGGGGCGCCUACGACAAGGCGUCGCUGUAUUCCUUAGCUCUGAAAUGCCUUAUCAGUCUCUCCACGAUCAUCCUGCUUGGUCUGAUCAUCGUGUACCACGCCAGGGAAAUACAGUUGUUCAUGGUGGACAAUGGAGCAGAUGACUGGAGAAUAGCCAUGACUUAUGAGCGUAUUUUCUUCAUCUGCUUGGAAAUACUGGUGUGUGCUAUUCAUCCCAUACCUGGGAAUUAUACGUUCACAUGGACAGCCCGGCUUGCCUUCUCCUAUGCCCCAUCCACCACCACCGCUGAUGUGGAUAUUAUUUUAUCUAUACCAAUGUUCUUAAGACUCUAUCUGAUUGCCAGAGUCAUGCUUUUACACAGCAAACUUUUCACUGAUGCCUCUUCUAGAAGCAUUGGAGCACUUAAUAAGAUAAACUUCAAUACGCGUUUUGUUAUGAAGACUUUAAUGACUAUAUGCCCAGGAACUGUACUCUUGGUUUUUAGUAUCUCAUUAUGGAUAAUUGCUGCAUGGAUUGUCCGAGCUUGUGAAAGGUACCAUGAUCAACAGGAUGUUACUAGCAACUUCCUUGGAGCAAUGUGGUUGAUAUCAAUAACUUUUCUCUCCAUUGGUUAUGGUGACAUGGUACCUAACACAUACUGUGGGAAAGGAGUCUGUUUGCUCACUGGAAUUAUGGGUGCUGGUUGCACAGCCCUGGUGGUAGCUGUGGUCGCAAGGAAGCUGGAACUUACCAAAGCAGAAAAGCAUGUGCACAACUUCAUGAUGGACACUCAACUGACAAAAAGAGUGAAAAACGCAGCUGCCAAUGUACUCAGGGAAACAUGGCUAAUUUACAAAAAUACAAAGCUAGUAAAAAAGAUAGAUCAUGCAAAAGUCAGAAAACAUCAACGGAAAUUCUUGCAAGCUAUUCAUCAAUUAAGAAGUGUAAAAAUGGAGCAGAGGAAACUGAACGAUCAAGCAAAUACCUUGGUGGACCUGGCAAAGACCCAGAACAUCAUGUAUGACAUGAUUUCCGACUUAAAUGAAAGGAGUGAAGACUUUGAGAAGAGGAUCGUUACCCUGGAAACCAAAUUAGAGACUUUGAUUGGUAGCAUCCAUGCCCUACCUGGGCUCAUAAGCCAGACCAUGAGGCAGCAGCAGAGAGAUUUCCUCGAGGCUCAGAUGGAGAACUACGACAAGCAUGUCCCCUACGAUGCUGAGCGGUCCCGGUCCUCGUCCAGGAGGCGGCGGUCCUCCUCUACAGCACCACCAACUUCAUCAGAGAGUAGCUAGAAGAGAAUCAGUUAACCACAAAAUAAGACUUUUUGCCAUCAUAUGGUCAAUAUUUUAGCUUUUAUUGUAAAGCCCCUAUGGUUCUAAUCAGCGUUAUCCGGGUUCUGAUGUCAGAAUCCUGGGAACCUGAACACUAAGUUUUAGGCCAAAAUGAGUGAAAACUCUUUUGUUUUUCUUUCAGAUGCACAGGGAAUGCACCUAUUAUUGCUAUAUAGAUUGUUCCUCCUGUAAUUUCACUAACUUUUUAUUCAUGCACUUCAGACUUUACUACUACAUUAUAUGAUAUAUAAUAAAAAAAAAAAGUUAA